ACCACCAGGGCCGCGAUGGCCAUAUAGCCUCGGUUUAGCUUGCACCACAGUAAUUGUGGUUGGUGCUUUCUUGACGAAUAGGCAUGACUGUCAUUUGAAUUCCCAUAACCUUUGAUUAUACCCUGUCGCUUACUCCAGGUCGCUUACUACGGCACGCUCCUUAUCGCUGGUUGUCAGUUCUGACUUGUCGGCUUCGAAUGUCGUCAAAUGAGCAGUAGACUGUUGGUAGGCCGUACGCAGAUCAGCUUGUAACGAGGAUGGAUAACCUCGCCAUGGACGAGAGUAGGAACAUUCUCUUUCUAAUAGACGUCAAUCCAUUCCUCGCGACGCCAGCAAAGGCCGUUUCGAUCCAAGCCAGCGUCUUGAAGUGUCUCCUCUCCUUCCACCCCUCCUCGUCACUCCGAUGGGGUUACCACUUUUUCGACUCCAGCGUCAGCCCGUUACGAUCGGAGAACAAGAUUAAGAGGCUCCUUAAGAAAUGCGCCGGCUCGUAUGAUGCGGCGACCGAGACUACUGAGAGCAACCGCAGUCGCGCCGCUAAGGACAACGCGAACCGACCGAUCUUUCUUCCCGCGAAGGAGCAGGAUUUCUGCCGUCUGGCGCGUGAGCUACACGCGCUGGCACACGCCGCACGCGGUAGCGCCGGAUUACCCGGCGGCAUUCACGGCCCCAGCCGAGACACUCUAUUGUUAACUGCCGGGCCGUACAAAACGGACGAAGCCCCCCAGGAUACGGCGGCUCGUACGCACCAGGAAAACGCCAUGCGAGAACCUGGUUACCAAGUAAACCAAGGCAUUGCGAAGCCUGGCGACAACAUGGGCAACAUCUGGCGAACUCUGUCCGAUCUCGUGCAAGUGCGGUACACGUGGAGCCACUACCACGCCCGUAGCCCUCCGAGGACCACCCACGCCGUUACCAUCACUGCUACAGAGAGCCAUCGCCAUUCGCAUAAAAUGGGGUUACCGGGUGACGCUGAUGGUGGAAAACCUCUAGGCGGAGACGACCGUCUGGGUUUGGAUCCGGCACGUGUGAACCACGUGGUUUUAUUCACCAGCCUCUGCGGCGGAGGCUCCGCCAGCCCGGGUGUAGCAGCGCAAGCGGGAGACGGCGCUGAGGCGGCUGUAGCAGCGGGGAAGGCGGGGCGCGGCGGAGGGGAGUGGGCGGGUGCCGCCGGGGCGGCGAGGGUGCAGACGAUGUUGGCACCGCUGGGUAUUCAGGUCUCGUGGGUCGACGUGGGGCCAGCGGCGGAAUCGCAUUUGGAUGAGCCAGAAGGAGCCGACGCAGCAGCAGAUGCGCGUGCGCAUAAUCCUCGUGAUAAAAACGAGAGGAGCGGCUGUGUCACACAAGCAGAUGGCGCAGCGGCACGAGCGGCCAGGAACGAGGUGCUGAUGGCGGGAUGGUCGGUCAUGAGACUAAAGCCGUUUUACUCAGUAUCGGGGGGUACUACUUGUCCGUUAAUAUCUACUAUAUGGCAGGGGUUGAGCGGGGGAAGCGAGCCCUUAGCAGCAGCGAGGAUGCUGCUACCCUGCAGUGCGGGCGCAUCAGUAGGCCACGGUGAUCCCAAGGUUAGCGGUAGUGGGGGAAUCCACGGCCGACCGAGCGCAGGCGCGCAGACACGGUUGUCGAACAGCCAGAUACCUUGCUUUCUGCGCGUCUAUGCGGUGCCUGCUGCUGCUGCAGACGUGGCAGUGAACGCUGGCGGUUCUAGCAGGCGGGCUUAUAGCGAGUACGAAGGCGAAUACGGCGGGUCGGAUGGUACACUUUCAAGAGCGAGUAAGAUUCUUUCGGGCAGCAUAGAGCUGACCCUUCUAGACGUCCAACAGAGGACAGGAAACCUGCCAACUAGUGCAGCUGAGGGGGGGGAGUGUGGGACGGGGGCAGGUGUGAGUCAGGAGCCGUUCCUUCAGUACGUGCUUCUGGAAAGAAAGAGCAAAGUUUCCUCUGUAGCGGCUGCUUCUGCUGCUGCUUCUGCACCUGCUGCUGCUGCUGCUGCUGCUGCUGCUGCUGCUGGUGCUGGUGGUGCUGAUGGCUCAGCUGAUCCCGUGAAAAGGACUGAGACAGGGCUCUUUGGAGUUCUCCUAAACUUUCUAGAGCAGGAGGGGUUGGAAGCGCACGUGCAUGUGAGGAGCAAUCGGGUGUCGUGUGCGGGAAUCAUCGCGCCUUUCACUGGGCACGCAGCCGUGUUGAGAAUUAGAGACUGCCCCACCCUGCUGGCCCGGCAGCGGCGCAAGCCAGAGAGACCGCUAAGGAAGCCGGAAAGAGCUAGGCAGAGUCCCCCCCGGGGGUUCCAGGUGUCUGGUAAAGGCGGGAAGCAGAGGUACCAGGGGCGCCGUCAACAGGGUAACCAAGAACAGGGUUACCAGCAACAGGGCUACCAGCGGGGGAAGGAGAAGGAGCCUGAAGGGAAGGCAAGCACUGGGAGGAGACGGCAGGAGAAGGUGCCUGGAGGGAGGGAUGAGGUGAAAAGUGGGAGAGGGAGAAGGGCAGGGAAAGAGAAGGAGCAGUGUGGGGUGCGGAAAGGGGAGCAGGGUACAGAGGCUGUGAGCGGCAAUGGAAAUAUUGGGAAGGGGGAGCUUGGGAGAAAGAGAGGAGAGAAGCGAGGAUCAAGGGGGGUGAAUCACAGGGAGGGGACUCAUAGGGUAAAUUCUGGCCCAGGAGAGGAUGGGUGGGAAGGUGGGUUGCAGUUAGUGGUAUAUUCCCAGGCGGAUAGGCAGGAAACGUGGGGCGGGGCAGAGGGGCGGUAUGAGGGUUUGGAGGAGGGAGGGGGGGGAGGGAUGGAGGCGGAGGAGGAGGAGGAGGGGUCCACGGGCGAGUGUGAGGGAGAAGGGGAGAACGAAGAUGAGUUCGUUAUAGGAACACAGGCGUCGCAGGUCGCAGGGGAGGGGGGUGGGCGGCAAGCGGUGGCAGGGGCGGCAUGGGGAGGGGGUAACGGACAGGAGGAGGUGCAUGUUGGUGAGCGGGAGGGGAUGGAGUGGGGUUUAGGGUUCCAGAGGGAUGAGGGUUUUGGCAGGGAGCAUGUGGGUGAGGGGGGUGGGAGUGCUGACGUAUGUGAGACCAGGCGCAAAGGUUACAAUGACGAAGGUGACUGUAACGAAGGGGGGGCUGGAGGUUCGUUCAGGAGGCGUGAGUUGGGUGAAGGAACGGCUUGGGAUGAGGAGAGGGGGUAUGAGGAAAGGGGGUAUGAGGAGGCCGAGUUGGAGUUCCUUCUAAGCCAGCAAGAAACGGCCAACAACGAAUCUGGCAUGAUCCGCGAUGAUUCAGAGGAGAUUCGCAACGGCCCAGACAAGAUUCGCAGGAGAAAUCUAGGCGGGGAGGCGAGCUCUUUCUGGUUAUCUGGCGCCGAACGAGCGGAGUGUGGUGGGGACCACAUGACGCGGCUGAGAGCCGUGCUGACUCAUACCUGGGCAGGAGGGCGGGGGGAUCAGUCAAUGCUGCAGGGUGCGGUGGGAGGGGAAGAAAGAGGGCGAGGAGGACCGGGCUGGCAGAGCGUGUGGCUGACGUGUUGCAUGACGUGACAGCGGAUCUGUACAGUGCUGCCGCGGGAUUGGUGCGGGAGACA